AUGGAUGAACACACCCCUCUCAUCACACCUGUUGCCGUAAGUCGACGACGCCCAAGAUAUCGCCACAGUACCUUGCGCCGGUUCUGCUCGAUCGCUCUUGGAAGUACUCUCAUCGCCAUAGUAAUCUGCUUCCUCCUGCCCAUCGCCAUUCUCCCUCGUGGUCAUGAUCCUGUAUCGUCCUAUCUACCCUGGUCACGACCAUUUCCAAAGUCAUGGCCCCAAAGCACGGGCAUAAGCUUCGAAGAGCUUCAAGAGAUAUUGUCCGCCACCCCGGAUGAGGACAAGGUACGAUCAUGGAGCGAAUACUAUACCGCCGGGUCUCAUCUUGCCGGCAAGAAUUUGAGUCAAGCGAUAUGGACGCGAGAAAGAUGGGAGGAGUUUGGGGUCAAGUCGGAAAUUGUCGCCUAUGACAUAUAUCUCAACUAUCCAGUGUCACAUCGAUUGGCCUUGCUGAAGGGAGACACAGUGAAGUUCGAGUGCAGUCUGGAAGAAGACACGAUUGAAGAUGACCCGACUACGUCUCUGACGGAUCGCAUUCCGACUUUUCAUGGCUAUUCCGCUAGUGGUAAUGUCACGGCACCCUAUGUCUACGUCAACCUUGGGACAUUUCAGGACUUUGAAGAUUUACAGGCAGCAAAUGUGAGUCUGAAAGGCAAGAUUGCACUGGCGAGAUAUGGUGGCAUCUUUCGAGGACUUAAAGUCAAGCGGGCGCAGGAGUUGGGUAUGGUCGGAAUGGUCAUCUACACCGAUCCAAAAGAAGACGGCGAAAUGACAGAAGAAAAUGGCUACCAAACGUACCCGGAUGGACCUGCGCGGAACCCAAGCAGUGUGCAAAGAGGGAGUACGCAGUUUCUCAGCGUCCUCCCCGGUGAUCCGACUACGCCAGGUUAUCCUUCCAAACCCGGGGUUCCCCGUGUCGAUCCACACGGCUCAACUCCCCAAAUACCGUCCCUUCCCAUUUCGUACGUGGACGCACUUCCCUUACUCAGGGCGUUGAAUGGGCAUGGGCUCAACGCGAGCGACUUCAACGACGACUGGCGCGGAGGUCUUGGUUACAAGGGCGUGGACUACAACAUUGGUCCCUCGCCAGAUGAUGUGGUGCUCAAUCUGAUAAACGAGCAAGAUUACGUCACCACUCCAUUGUGGAAUGUAAUUGGGAUGAUCAAUGGCACCAUCCCUGAUGAGGUGGUGGUCUUGGGCAAUCAUCGAGAUGCGUGGAUUGCUGGAGGCGCCGGCGAUCCUAACUCCGGUUCUGCCGCCAUGAAUGAAGUGAUUCGCUCCUUCGGCGAAGCCCUCAAGGCAGGCUGGAAGCCUCUGAGAACCAUCGUUUUUGCCAGCUGGGAUGGCGAAGAGUAUGGCCUCCUAGGAUCGACCGAAUGGGUAGAGGAGUAUCUCCCCUGGUUGUCUGCCAGUGCCGUGGCUUAUUUGAACGUGGACGUUGGGACCCGUGGCAAACGCUUUGAGGCCGCCGCCGCUCCGCUCCUGAACAAACUCAUCGGCGAAGUCACUCACUUGGUGCCCUCACCAAAUCAGACCACUCAAGGACAAUCUGUGGGCGACGUCUGGGAUGGUCGAAUUCGAACCAUGGGCUCGGGAAGCGAUUUUACAGCUUUUCAGGAUUUUGCGGGAAUCCCCUCGCUAGACCUCGGUUUCGGGAAUGGCCCCAAUGACGCGGUCUACCAUUAUCAUUCUAACUACGACAGUUUUCGCUGGAUGGAUAUGUUCGGCGACAAAGGGUGGCACUAUCACGUAGCCAUCAGCAAGGUUUGGGCCCUUCUGGCAGCCCGGCUGUGUGAGACGCCGGUUCUGUCCUUGAGCGCUGCAGACUAUGCAAAGGAUCUCGAAACGUAUCUGGAUGAGGUCAAGGAAAUAUCGAAGGAGUAUUUCAGCAAGUCGAGUUUCAACUUCCACGCUCUUGACAGAGCCACGACCAAACUCCGCAAAGUCGCCACCCGUUUUGACGAGUAUACGACUGAUUUGACAGAACGCCUGAAAGAGGACUUGCCUUGGUGGCAAUGGUGGAAGAAGGUACGCCUCUGGUAUGAGGUUCGCAAGGCGAAUGAAAAGUACAAAGCCGUGGAGCGACGGUUCCUCUUCCCUGGCGGUCUAGACGGCCGGCCUUGGUUCAAGCAUGUGGUUUUCGCUCCGGGUCGAUGGACCGGGUACGCUGGGGCAACGUAUCCGGGCCUGGUGGAGAGUUUCGAGGACAAGAACUUGACGAAUGCUCAACGGUGGGCAAGUAUUAUUGAGGAGAGGUUGCAUGCUGCCACAAAGUUGUUAGCCCAUUAA